CUUAUGCUAUGGAAUAUUCCCAUGUUCCUACGAGGGAGAAACGCUUCCAAAAACGCAGCUAAAUAAUAUUAUGUCUAUAUGACAUAAGGUUGUUAAGAUGGACUUUGUUAAAGAGGAGGGUGAAACCACUGCUGAUCAAGAACCCUGCACAAUGAGAACUGUAAAUACAGACCUGUUGGAAGUCAAUGAAGUGGAGGACAAACCCAAUCAUCUCGUAACUGUAGAAAAGUCUUUUACUUUCUCUGAGACUGAAGAGAAUUUCUCACAAAAAUGUGAUAAAAAAAAAAGACAGAGAAAGUGUUUCACAUGCCCUGAGUGUGAAAAAAUGUUCACACGUAAAGGAGACCUUAAUAGGCAUCUACGAAUCCACACCGGAGAGAAGCCUUUCACAUGCCUUCAGUGUGGAAAGAGUUUCACAUUGGCUGACAGUCUCAAAAAGCAUGAGCGCUCUCACUCCGGAGAAAGGUCAUUUGACUGCGACCAGUGUGGAAAAACAUUUAUUUUGCCUUCGCACUUAAAAAGACACCUUAUAAUUCAUGCAAAUUUGAAGCCUUACUUGUGUUCUUCAUGUGGAAAAAGUUUUUCACAGCUGGACUGUUUGAAAAAGCACCAGAAAACACAUAGCGGUGUGAGAGCUCACAUAUGCUUUGAGUGUGGGAAUACUUUUAUUACAGCCGACACCUUGAAACGACACCAAAGAAUUCAUACUGGAGAAAAACCCUACAUAUGCUCACACUGUGGAAAGAGUUUCACUCAAUCCGGACACCUGAAACAACAUGAGAGAGUGCAUUCUGGAGAGAAACCAUACUACUGCUCUUUUUGUGGGCGGAGCUUCAGUACAUCGAGGAAUCUACCGGCUCAUAUAAAAAAACAUUUUCCAGAUAUGUCACAGUAAGCAAACUUCAUCUUAAAGGCAAAUGCAUUUAAAGGGAUAGUUUGUGCAAAAAAAUGAAAAUCCCGUCAUCACUUACCCUCUUUUUGUUUUAAACCUGUAUAACUUAAGCCUAGAGUAUACUUCGGUUAGACGCAGGCGUCUGACAGUACACGUGAUGCAAAUGUCAUUGUCAGCAGAGUGCUCAGGCAUUGAACGUGUGCGGCCCGAUUUUUCUAACCGCGAAUACUCCAAACACGCCUGGAAUUAUUUGCACUAGUUGGUGGUUCCACAAGGUGGCAACACUCACAGUUGAGCUGUUGCUGUCACGAAGAAGUGCUAAAAGAAGAUGUAAUUGCCACUAAACAACAGGAGACGAAGGUGGAAACAACAACAGUGGAUGUGCACAUCAAGAGCGCACGUGUACCUGCAUUUGUAUAACUUGAGUCUGAAAGAAUUUAAAGACAUUUAUGGGUCUAAACUCCUGAAGAGAAAUAGUCCAGUGUAUCAUAGCAGUCGUAGCACACAUGCACUGUGUAUACGCACACAGUCAAAUUAAGUAUACUUUAAAAGGCUAGCGUUCAACUUUACACAGGCGCUAAGUGUUUGCGUCAAAACUGAAGUAUACUCUGGGCUUUAGUCCACAUCUACACUAAUACAGUUUCAUUUAAAAAUGCAUUUAUUUUGCUAUUUUAUGCCGCUCAUCCACACUAAAACAGCGUUUUCCUCCACCAAAAACAGAGUGCUUCCAAAUGCUCUCUAUUAACGCAUACUUUGCAAGAUGAUGUUUGAAAACAAAAAGUGGAGUUUUCAAACAAUAAUGGAUUCGUAGAAAAUGGAUAUGACUUUAAAAUUGCCUUUUCCUCCUUCAAAAAUGGAGCGUUUUGAAAACAUGCUCCAUAAUCACAUACUUUGGAAUAUGAUGAUGUUAGAAAACUAAAACGAAAAAAGAUUAGUGUGCAUGGGGCCUGGGUAGCUCAGCGAGUAUUGACGCUGACUACCACCCCUAGAGUCGAUAGUGCGAAUCCAGGUCUCCUAAGCAACCAAAUUGGCCCGGUUGCUAGGUAGGGUAGAGUCACAUGGGGUAACCUCCUCGUGGUCGCUAUAAUGUGGUUCUCGCUCUCGGUGGGGCGUUUGGUGAGUUGUGCGUGGAUGCUGCGGAGAAUAGCGUGAAGCCUCCACAUGUGCUAGGUCUCCACGGUAACGCGCUCAACAAGUCACGUGAUGCGCGGCUUGACGGUCUCCGAUGCAGAGGCAACUGAGAUUCAUCCUCCGCCACCCGGAUUGAGGCGAGUCAUUACACCACCACGAGGACUUAAAGCACAUUGGGAAUUGGGCAUUCCAAAUUAGGGAGAAAAAAAAAAGAUUAGUGUGCAUGUGGCCUUUAAGGUUGCCACCCGUCCAGGAUUUUCCAGGAUCGUCCUGGAGAUGCAAAAUGUCCCGGAAUUUCAGUAUUUUCCUGACGCAUAUGAACCCUUGUUUAUAAGCACACUAAGGAGAAUCAAAAGCAUUCUCAUAUGAAUCAUAAGAAAGUCAGAACACUUUUAGUGAACCAUUUAUUUAGAUCAUUGAGAUCGAGAUUUUUUACUUUUGUGUGAACAAUCUUUUAAACUUUAGUCUACUUACUAAUGCUUUAAUGUUUUGGAAAACGUCCAAAAAAAAUAAAGUCCUUUCUUUUACUGUAAGAUCUCAGUUUCAAAAUGCCUAGCUGUAAAAAAAAAAAAAAUAAUAAUAAUAAUAAUAAAAUAAAUAAAAAUAAAAAAGAAGCCUAUUUUUGAGAUUUACACAUUUAAAUUUCAUACCAAAUUUCCAUCAAAUUGAAUUUUGUGAUCUUUAUCGAAAUUAAAUUAGUAAAAAAAUGUAAUAUCUAAAAAAACGUUCACUUAAUUUUGUUAAAGAUUAUGCAGUUCAAUCUGAUGGAAAUUUUUAAUGAAAUUGAAAUGUGUACAUUUUGAAAUGCGUACUGUAAAUGUUUUUUAGAGAAUGUUUAUGUACAUUUAUUUGUUUUCCUUUGGUUUGAAUGUACAAAUGUUUUAUUUUUUAAACUUCAUACAUAACUUUAGACUUUAUACAUGCAUAUUUAUACAUUUUAAAACAUUUAAAUGUUCAGUGCGAACCAUAAACUCAAGACUAAUUUAAUUUCAUAACAAAAUUCCAUCAAAUUGAAUUUAGUAAUCAUUAAUAUUUAAAUUUUUAUUAAUUUAUGUUUGUUAAAAAUUACACAAUUUUAAUGGAAUUUUGUUAUGAAAUUGAAAUGUGUCUUUUAAAAAUAGGCUAAAAUAUGAUGUUAUUGUUUGAUUGAAUUGUAUGCUAUAAAUAUGGUAAUUUCCAUAUCAAACAAGGAGUAAACAAUCAUGUUUUAUUUCUUGUAUGAUGGCCAGCAGUACGUUUUUCAGUCAUUGAUCAGGUGGCAAUACUUUGGAAAACGAUGUUUGGAAAUGAAAACAGAAUGUUCAAACUUAGUGCAGGAAAACACCAUUCUGGUGUGGAUGAGAGUUGUAAUCGCAAAAUGUAUGUUUCCAAAUGAAAAAGUACUUUGCCUUACUUUCUUCUGUAGAACACAAAAAAAACAAAACAAUGUUAGGCAAAUAUUUAUCCCAGUCACUAUUCAUUUUCAAAGCCUCUAAAGUAUGGAAUCUACUUUUAAGUCACGGUUUAAAAAUGUUUUCUUUUUGUUUUUGCAUUCGCCUUUGAGUCUGGAAAAUGAUAAUGAGGACAUAUACUCUGAAAUGCUUGCAGUAUGUGUCUAAUGUCCUUCAUUAGUGGAGUUUUAACCUUGAUAUGUGUGCAUGUACUGAAGGUAUGUUGUAGUAAUUUUCAAAUUUUUGUCAUUUCUACUAAAUGUUUUAUUUAAUUGUGAAGCACUUUGGUCAGCUCUGUUGUUUUAAAUGUGCUAUAUAAAUAAAGUUGUGUUCAUUUAA